GGCAGCGGCCCCGCGCAGGUAGAGCUCGACGCGGCCCGGCGACGGCGCGGCGGGAUGGGGCGGCCCGGGGUCCGCCGCCUCGUGCUGCUCGCCGCCUGCCUGGAGCUCUGCGGGCCGCGCGGGGCGCUCGGAGCAUCCUUUUAUGGCGAAAGCUACGUGGGGCUCAGUAUCACAGAAGUUUCCUCCAGGCUGUCUCUUCAAUUGAGAUUUCAAACCAGCAAGCCACAAGGCUUACUUUUUCUUGCAGCUGGGAAAAUUGACUAUUGCCUAAUAGAACUUCUGUCAGGAAUAUUACAGGUGAAAAUAAAUUUGGGUGUGGGUGAACAGAUCCUCCUUUCUGAACAAAGACUUCGUGUGGACAAUUUGGUUUGGCAUUCUGUGGAACUGGACUAUGGCAAGGAUAAUGUUUUCUUGGUUAUUGACAAGCAUUAUGAGACAACUGGCCAGCUUCGUCGGGGGAUGCACAACUUCACAUUUCACCAUGGAAUCUAUGUAGGAGGUCAUGGGGGCCUCAGUGUCCCUUACCUGGACAGCAAGACCCCCAACUUCAGAGGAUGCAUAGAGGGCGUGGUGUUUAACCAGAGGGAGAUCCUCACAUCGCUUCGGUCUUACCCUGGUUUUAAGAAGGUUUAUGAGGUGUCCCUGGGAUGUAGCGAGGAGUUUUUUGCUGGGAAGAAUGAAGCUAUUAGCUUUUUCAGCUCUAGGUCCUAUGUCGCCUUUCCAGAAUGGAGGGUACAGGGGGAAGGGAUACUGAGAUUUGCUGUGCAAACUGAAACCCAACAAGCCAUGCUUUUAUUUCAGUCAGGUAGAGGAAGAGAUUUUGUUGCUUUGGAAAUACACGAGGGUCGACUGAAGGCUCAUGUUGGAAGGGGAGAAACAGAAACUCAGCUUUCAUCCUUCACCUUGGUCAGUGACAACAAGUGGCAUGUUGUUCAGCUCCGAGUCACGAGGAGGCAUCUGGACCUCACGGUAGAUGAACACGGGGUGAGAGCCAUGCUGCCUCCACAAAGCCAAGCAUUUGUAUCUGAAGGCCCCCUGUUUGUGGGAGGUCUGGAUCACCGGAUGUGGGAAACAGGGCGGGGGCUAGGCCUUGUGUCUGUGCCUGGGAAAUCUGCUCGAGGCAUCUCUCUGAAAGGAUGCCUGAGAGCCUUGGAAGCAAACUUGGAAAAGAGGGCAUUAAGGGAUGCACUUGUUUCCAAAGACAUUUCUGCUGGGUGCACAAGUGAGAGCGUCCAUGGUACAAAUCCUUCGGUGACUGCAGAAGGCCUGUUUCAGCCGGAGCCAUCCCCCUCCACUGUGGUUCCCAGUACCGGUUCUCCUCUGGAAAAUCAAAGUGGCAGUUUUCUGGUUUUGAAUAAGUUGGAAGUCCAAGAAGGUGGACGGGCCUUACUGAGACAAAAGCAUAUCAACGUGAAUGUGGACUUUAUGGAUCUGGGUAUCAACGAUUCUCAGAUACUGUUUCAAAUACAGGAAAUGCCAGCUCACGGUUUCCUUCAAAUAGAUGUUUGGUCUGCACAAGAAAAGGAGAGGACUUUUACUCUGUUAGACUUGAGGCAUGGGAAAGUGUGGUAUGUCCACGAUGGUUCGGAGGAGCCUACAGAUGCUUUUACAUUUUGGGUUUUUUCUAGUAGCAAGAAGGCAAUGCCAUCCCAGCUGCAGGAUCCCAUUCCACAUGUUUUUAACAUUAUUGUCAUUCCAGUGAAUGACCCCCCAUACCUUAAGCUCCCAGAAGGACACUUGCUUCUCUUCGAGAACUCAAAGAAACAACUGACCCCCAAUGUGGUACAGGUGUCAGAUCCCGACACAGAGUCUCAGCAUCUCAGACUUUCAGUUCUUAGCAACUUCAAUGCAGACGCUGGGUUUUUAGAACAUGCCCAUGACCCUGGGAGACCCAUCAAUGGUUUUACACAUGUGGAUUUACAAGAAGGCAACAUUUUCUACGUGCACAGGGGUCACCGGAACUCUCGGAUUGUUCUGAGAGCAACUGAUGGUGAGCUGGUUAGCAAUACCGUGGUGUUGCGUGUCACGGCUGUUCCUUGGGACUUUGAAGUGGCAGAUAGGAAUGGCGUGGUGGUGCCACAGGGUGGUACAGUUCUGAUCACCAAGAGUGACUUGUCAGUGAAGGUAAAUGGUGAACAACAUGAGUUGGACACUCGCUAUGAUAUCACCCGUCCACCUCAGUUUGGCCAAAUUCAGCAUCGGGGAUCCAAUGGGGAAUGGAAAAGGGUCAGUAGCUUUUUUCAACGCUCCGUUGACCAGGGUCGGAUUCGAUACUAUAGUUCAUUCAAAGAACAGCAGCAAGAAAAUGUUACAGAUCACUUUAAAUUUAAAGUUAGCAUCGAAGGAAGAGCAAGCAAAGAGCUCCUGUUUCCGGUGACUGUUCAGUGGCUGAAACUGACACUUCUGAAGAAUAUUCCUCUAGAGAUUAGCGGUGCAAGCAAGAAAAUAUUGGAUUCUGAUCAUCUGCAGGCUGCAACAGAGGGUGUGGAAGUAGCUGAGAGGGAACUCUAUUUCAAGUUACUGAUCCCACCUAAGAAAGGAAACUUGCUACUCAGUAAUGAAGUUCUUAAAACAAGUUCAGUUUUCAGUCAAAAAAAUAUUACAGACUCUAAGGUAAGCUAUGAACCUCAGGGGAGGCCCAGGGAACACUCACAGGAUACUUUUAGUUUUUCAAUUGUUGUUGAACACAUUGAAUCAAAAGACUAUACUUUCAGGAUAAACCUUAAGGCAGAAAAGACACAUGUUAUUUUAAUCAACACCGGAUUAUUUGUAAAAGAAGGGGAAUGGACAUUAAUUUCAAAAUCAGAAUUGUUUGUUCAAACAUCGGACAAUCAUGUCUUCCAAUAUGAAGUCACCAAGCGUCCUCAGCAUGGGGAACUGAAACUGCUCAGCUCUUCCACUUCUCGGGGAAGUGACAAUAGCAUCACUGGAUUCACAGAGGGAGACAUAGAGGGUGGAAGGCUGAUAUAUGUUCACGAUGACUCUGAGACCCAGCACGAUGAAUUCAUCGUUUUGGUCUCUGCCACAGAGCUGGGCCAACAGGGAGGAGUCAGAAGUCUUGACUCCGAGCACAUGCCUGCAGAGAUCAAAGUCAGCAUUUCUGUUGAGCUGAAGAAUGAUGAGAAGCCAGUGCGAGUGGUGGACAAGGUCUUUCAUGUUGUGCGGGAUAGCCAGCGCUUACUGACGCUAGCAGACCUCUGCUUCCAUGACCCGGACUUAGAUUUUGAUGAUGGGCAGUUGCUCUACACUCGGCGUGGCAUACCAAAUGGAGAUUUGGUGAAAGCCAGUGACCCGACUCAGAAGCUUUACCAGUUCCGACAAGAGGACCUCCAGGAAGGGCGUGUGCUCUUCAGGCACCACGGUCCAGACUCUGCCCGAUUCCUGCUGUUUGUGACAGAUGGUGUCCAUUACACGUCAUCCCUCCUGGAGGUCAGUGUGUCAGAGGCCUAUGUCCACAUAGUCAACAACACAGGGUUGCUCGUGCACAGAGGGCGGGACAGCUGCCUCACCACAGCCAACCUGAGCGUCACCACAAACCAAGAUGUCCGAACAGACCACGAAUAUGAAUUCCGUAUCCUGCAACCCCCCAGACAUGGCAGGAUUCUGGUCAACAAUUCUGUGUUCCACUCAUUUUCCCAGCAUGACCUGAAGCAGGGACACGUGAUUUACAGGCACAAUGGCGAUGGGAACUUUGAUGUGUUGAACUUGACAGUGAAAGUUAAAGACGCCUACUUAGACGUGAGCAUUUGUGUUCAAGUGUCCUUGGAGAGUCACCAACGUGACACUCAGAUUCUGCACACGAAGACCCUUAUAGUUGAAGAAGGAAAACAAGUAAAACUGAGCAGAGGAGGGCUCCAGGCUGGGAAUGAGGACGAUAUACCUCUGGAGGCAGUGUUCAUAGUCAGAACUCCACCAGUGCAUGGAUACCUCGAAAAAUCUCCAGCAGAGGACGGCAGCGUGGGUACAGAUGGGAAGUUUCCUCUGAGCUUCACCCAGCAGGAUAUUGACGAUGGCGAUGUCCUUUAUGUACAGACAGCUCCCGGCCAACGAAAGGAUCAGUUCACCCUCGAUGUGACAAAGGGCUCCCACUUUGUAAGGAGAGUGGAAGUGCAUUUGGAUAUCAUCCCUGAGUGGAUACCUCUGGAGGUACAGAAUUUCACAGUUCGAGAAGGGGGCUCCAAAGCACUUCUACAAGACCACCUCAGAAUUCCAAGCAAGUAUUUUGAGAGUCUUGACUGUGAAUUUAUUCUCCUGGAACCACCAAACCACGGUUAUAUUGAAAGUUCCAGUUUUCCAAGAGUAAAGCUAAUGAAAUUUUCCAGGAAACAGGUGGAGCAGGGCUUGAUUUACUACGUUCAUAACGGCAGUGAGGAGUCUCUGGACAGCCUUACCGUCUUGGCCAACAGCUCAGAGCUUGGGAAGCAGAGUCUGCCUCGGACUCUUUUUGUGACUGUUGAGUCUGUAAAUGACCAGAUUCCAGUAAUAACAGCCAAUAAAAUUCUCCAGGUGUGGGUGAAUUCUGUCACUGAGAUGACCAGAGAUGACCUUUGUGCAGAAGAUGGGGACUCUUCCCCACAGGACUUGGUCUACUGGGUCACUCCUCCCAGCAAUGGGCACCUGGCCCUCAAGUCCGUUCCCGGCAGAAGCGUCCAGAACUUCACUCAGGCGCAAAUCGAUGAGGGUCAGCUGGUGUUCGUACACUCUGGAGCAAUGUCAGGAGGCUUUAAUUUCCAGGUAACUGACGGUUUGAAUUUUGCACCUCGGCAAAUCUUCAGCAUCACAGCCAGAGCUCUGAUCAUUAGCUUAGAAGUCAACAGAGGAUUGAGCAUCUUCCCAAGUUCCACGAAGGCACUUUCGUCUCAUGCCCUGAGAGCCGUGACCAGCGAUGACAAGGCAGGAAACAGAACGAUAACCUUUACGGUUGUCAGUCCCCCUAGACUUGGGAGGCUGCUGAAGAUGAACUCUGACAACCGCACAGAGGACGUUUCCGUUUUUACCCAACGUCUGGUCAGUGAAGGGCUGAUCCUAUACCAGCAUGUGGAUCUCGAGAACACAGGGUGGGCAUCAGAAGACUCCUUCACAUUCACAGCAUCCUCCCCUCCUGCAGCAUUGGGUCCAGAGGAUUUCCGGAUUACCAUUUCAUAUGAAGCCAACGAGUCGGGCCGACAAAGCCGGCUGCUUGCAAAUACAGGAGCCUCUGUAAAGGAGGGAGGUGAAGUUCUCAUUGACCAAUCUAAGUUAGAUGCUUCCAACCUCUUACUUCAACUACCCCAACCUCAGAGGUCUUCCCACGAAAUCUGGUUCCAGGUUACAGCUCUUCCUUGCCAUGGAACCAUUAUGGUUGGAGACAGAAACAUCACCACAGGAAAACCCUACUUCUCCCAGCAUAUAGUUAAUGCAUUUGGAGUCACGUAUCUUCAUGAUGACUCUGAAUCAUUGGCUGAUAAUUUUACCUUCGCCGUUUGGCCAAACCCAAAGAACAAGUCCACUAGCAAGCCAGAGGCUGACUUUCUGGAAGAGAUGUUUAACAUUACCAUCAACCCUGUGAAUGAUCAGCCUCCAGAAUUAAAGACCAAAGGGCUUCGGUUGACAGUUCUCCAGGGCAGUAGGUUGGUUGUGGGACCUGAAAUCCUAAAAGUAGACGAUCUAGACAGUCCUCCAAAUGAAAUCCGAUACGUGAUCAUCCGUCAUCCCAACAAUGGCUUUUUGGCAAUGGCUCACGAUCUGGACACCACUGUUCAGCACUUUACACAAGCUGACAUCAAUAAUGCUCAGGUGUGGUUCAUCCAAGAUGGAAGUCCGUCCUCAGGAGUGUUUUAUUUUAGUGUGACUGACGGUGAACAUCGCCCUCUCUACAAGCUCUUCCACCUCGAUGUCAUCCCCAUCACCAUCACUCUGGUGAACCUCACAGACCUGCUCCUCCCACAAGGCCAGACCACCGCCUCCAUCACCAAUGCUCACCUUUCUGCAGUGACCAAUGGAAGGAGCCUGCAGAUUGUCUACAGGAUGACACAACCCCUCCAAAGUGGCCACUUGCUGAUUGGAAACCAGGUGGUCACCAGCUUUGGACAGGAGGAUUUGGACUCGGGAAGACUGUCUUACCACAUGACCAACCUCACCGCCUCCGGAGAUCAGCUGCGGGUCUCCCUGUUUACGGCGGAGAGUAACUUGACAGAGCGGACGCUGGGCAUCAGAGUGCAGCCUUUACUGCGGGUUACACAGCACCUGAAAGUGGCCAACGGGGUGGCCCGUCAGCUGCAGCGAGAGGACCUUGACGCCACCGAGCUAGCUAGCAAGACAAACAGUGACCCCACAUUUGAGGUGACACGACCUCCCACCCACGGACGACUGGUCCGAAGAGCAGUGGGCAGCCCUGUGAUGGAAGAGAUCACUCGCUUCACCCAGAGGGACAUCAACCGAGGUGAGCUGGUGCUUGAGCCGUGUGCUAAUCUAACAGGCACGGACGGACUGAAUGACUCCUUCACCUUCUUGCUCAGCGCAGACCGUGUGCAGCCAGCAACAGGUUAUCUGGCCUUUACCAUAGUGCCACCAGACCCCUUCCCUUUACAGACAUCUACACCACAUGUGCCUUUAUUCAUCACUGGAGAGAGCCUCGUGGCCUCAGUUUUCUUUCAGAAGAAACUUAUGGCUUCUGUUAUAACACAGACGGAAACUCCAGGGAAUCUGACCCAGAUCAGAUGGCGGGGGACUGAUUCCUGGGGACAGCUCAAUGGCAAAGAACCAGAAGGAGAUGGCAAGGUCUUCGCCACCGAGGUCAUUUGGCCACAUGCUGCCACCAAAGCCGUACCUGGGGAAGCCAUACAGCCCAGAGACAGCGGUUAUCCUCUGAUGGUCAUCAUACCCUUGGGUGCUGUUUUCCUCCUCCUGGUGGUGACCGUGGUGGCCCUGUGUGUCUGGCUGCUGAGCCGAAAGGAGGAGAAGGCUAACCCUCUUCUGCAGCCCCAGAGGAACCUUGAAUCCCCAUCUCCCAGCGGCAGAGCGGAGAGGAGUGGAGCUAUUCCCACCGUCACUGUGACUCCCCUGAUGAGGAGCGCCAGCAGCCCGACUCCCAGUCUGUUCCUGCCCCCACGGUGGUAUGAUCAGAUGGCCUCUCCGGGGACUGAACCUGUAGAGAAAUGUGCUCCUUGGGAGGCGUGGGUGAACCUGGAUCCUGACAUGGCCAAGCUCUGUCGACAAACCAACCCAGCACUGAAACAGAACCAGUACUGGGUAUAAAUGGGAUCCGCCCCCACCCGCUCUUCCAUCUCUCUCUUCCACUCCUCCCUCUCAUCUACUUUCUCUCCCUCCUUCUCCCUCUCUCUUUCCCCCAUCUCUCUCUCUCUCUUCCUGUCUCCUCUCCUCCCUCUUCCAUAUUUGUCUUUCCUUGCUCGUAUUGACCACUCACUGCGUACAGGUACUAAGAUCGGGACUGGACUAUAAUGAUGAAGGAAUGAAUGCUGACUGAACAGGAAGGCCACCCUAACUACACAGUCGCUGUCUGGUGCCUUGGCGAGUGCUCUGACAGCACUCCUCGGCUUUCCACAGUGGGCGUGUUUCUGGACCUGCCAUUCUCAAUGCAUAUGCCUCUGUUAAGAAUUACACUCCUCACCAAGGUACUACUGAGCAUCUGGGUUCGACAGGAAGCAGAAGCAUUAACUUGGGGCGUGGAGUUCAAGGGGGAAGAGUUGGUGACUUUUCGUGGUCACUCUUGGUGAGUCAGCAGGAAGUGCCAGUUCUGUCUCCACAGAAGAUGUCAUUUAUUACAUCAGUGAGUCUAUUUAUGUAAUCUUGAUGUGUCAUCUUCUCCUCUGUGGAGCCUUCCUCAUGCCUUGUUCAGAUCGCAGGGCAGUCUGACCGCCUUUGAGGAUAGUCACUGAGCACUUCAUCAAGAAACUUGGUCAUUCUGAUGUAGAAAGUCAAGAAAUAUUAUUUGAAGCCCUGUGGGAUACAAAAGUGUGCUAAAAGCUUUAAAAUUUUUUUUGAUGCCUUAGUUUGGCAUCUUUUUAUAAUAAAUUGAAAUAAUGACAAAUAUGUAAUUGUCUUCUUGAACCAUGGACAACAUUUCUGUCACUAUAAAAUGAAGCUUUAACACUUAUAUUAAGACUGCCUUGAGCUGCGGAAUACAGCGCCCCCACAAGUGGUUUGGACCGAGGCAGGCAAAGGUUUUCUGCGAAGAGGAACAUGGUAAAGAUUUUAGGUGUGUGGAUCACACAUGGUCCCUGCCAUUUGUUUUUCGAUUGUUCAUCCCUCUUAAAACGAAGUUGGUUUUAAGAAAAUGUAAAGAAAGUGUUGGGUCCAGACCACCAAAGUUUAUUAAACCAGAAGCAAACUUUAUUCCAGAAAAAUAAAAAAAAUUAUAAAGCACCGCAGGGCACAAAAGCUUAUCAGCUAGCUGAGACCACAGCCAAUGUUGGAAUUCUGGGGCUGUGGCCAUGAAGGUGGAUACUGGCCCCCUUUUAUAGUAUCAGGCAUGGGGUACAUGCUAGGAGUCACGGAGAAACAUCGGGCAUGGGAUGCGUGCUAGGAGUCACAGAGACACAUCUAUUAAAAGUUAACUUUAGUCCAGACAGUUGUUGGCUAUAAGGGGCAAGGGGGUUAAAAGUUGACCCCUGGCUGCUGGCAGAGGAGCUGGCUGUAAAGCAGAGAGCCAUGGUUAGCAGUUAACCUUCAGAGCUGAUGACUGUCAGUUUUCAGUUCUCAAGCUCAUAAUUUUAUAUUUUUAUAUUCCUGGACCCUUCAGAAAGAAAUUCUUAGCUCUUGAAUUUGGCCUCCAAGACUAUGUAGUUGGCCAGCCUUAGGUUUAGGCAAAAGAAGUAUAUUGAAUUACGUCAGGUAGUGAACCUUCUGGAGGUUGGCAUUCCAAAGCAGGCUCUGGCACUCACAUUAUUAUCAAGGCCAGAAGCUCUUUUGUCCCCUCUGCUCUGCCGUCCUCCAGCUCUUGGUGAUUGUGAGAUGUCAACUGCAGAGCCCAGCAGAGUGAACAUGUUCAAGGCAGAAUCACACAGCACAUGGCUUCUUGUUAGAUUCAUUCUGUUUGUAUUAUUUGUUUUAUCAUAAGGAGCAUUUCUCCCCAUUUUACUUGCUUUUAUGUCUUGCUGUCUAAACCAGGCAGCAUCCUUUCUAGUCUCCGCCAACCAUCAAAAGAGGGAAUGGAGUCUCAUGACUGAUGACCUCUCCUGAGGUCACUGAUCUGCCCAAGUGGAUUUAGAGAAGGAUGAAGGGAUGACUAUUAGGGAGAGGGUGAUAGGGCCUAUUAAAAUACUUUUCAGGUAUUGCAAUCCUUGGGACACCAAGAUCCUGGUUUUUCAAAUGGGCACCCGCCACAUUUUCAUGUUUAAUGAUUUUCUUAAAGCUGGAGCCCAUGUUUCAGAGAUAAGAAUACCAGUUUUAGGACAAAAGCCCUGGGUCUGGGAGUCUCAACAGACAAAGCUCAGCCACUUGUCCCAGUACACUGAAUAAAGAGGUAAAUAGAGCUGGGUGUGGUGGUACAUGCCUGCAGUCCUAGCACUUGGGAGGCAGAGGCAGGAGGAUCACUGUAGUUUUGAGGCCAGCUUAGGCUACAUGGCAAGUUCUAGGCCAGCUUGUGAUAUAAAGGGAGAAUAACACCAAUCAAGCAAACAACAACAAAGCAACCAAAAACAAACAGUAGACAGAUGAGACAGAGAAAGAUUUAGGCAGCAUGGCCGCACUGGGAAGAAUGGAUUGUUAUGUGAUAUUUCUGACAAUAAAGCUUCCUUUGAAUCAGAGGGCGGAGCUAGUCCCUAGCUGACCAAAAUUAACCAGAGGUUUCGGAGGACUGAGGACAGAUAGAGAGAAAGUAGUAAGGCAAGGCUUAGAGAAGAUCUCAGUCCUUUUGAAUGGAGGAACAGAGGCAAUAGGAGGCCACUGGUCACUCCUCUGCUGCUUCUCUGAUCAUUCAGGUUCCCAUAUCUGACUCCCGAUUUUUUGUUGAUAAAGAAUAAUUAGAUAACACAUUAACAGAUAAAGGGGAUGGGUGACACCCAUCCCCAAGUCUAUCUUUAUGGUUUAAACAGGAAGAAUUGAGGCAGGUAACAAGAAGUCUGUAGUCUUGCUUGAGGGUGGUCUGGUUGGACGUUAUCUCAGAACUGGUUCUGCAAACGGAUUCCAGGACAUCCUUAUUGCUAGAGGGACCAUCUGGUUCCGGGGUGAGGUGAUUACUGUCAUGGAAUGUUCUGUCAGCCGAGGCCUGCUGUUCCGGGAAUGCAAGGGGACUGCAGGUUUAAGGCAGCAGCUGGAGACUUUGAGGCACCUUCUGUGAGUCUGGAAAAGGACGUUGUGAAAAGCUGAUUGCAUGGUUCCCCCAGGGUUUGAUCUCUGUAUGUUUAAGGCCAGCCGGGACUACAUACUGAGACCCCAUCUAAACAAUAUAUCCUAGUUCUCUUUGUGUGCCUCCAGCCUUGAAGGGGAGGGAGAUCGGGAAAGCAUCACUGGCAUUUGGACACUGUUUGAGUGGCCAGCAUGCCUAUGUGCAGAAUUAAGCAGGAAUCUGACCCACCCAUGGUUUUAAGAUAAAGAGCAGAUGCCAAAUGAAGGAAGCAGGGAGAUGGUGGCAUACCUGUUCUACUUUGUAUUACCUGUGAGCCCAAGGGAGGGGUCAGCACUCUUUAGAAAAGUGAUUUCUGAGUCCCUGUUAUAGGAAGAUGGGGCUGUGUGAGGGGAGAGGGACUUCCCAGGACACUGGACAAUGGUUGCAGAGGAGGCUGCUUUUUGAGUUUAAUCGGUAGAGGCCAAGGAUGCUGCCACAGCCAACAUUCCAACAAACGCUUGCCCUAGACGAAGAAUCACCUGGGUCCAGUCCCAGGUGUAAGUAUUGGUGAGGCUGAGGAAUGCCAGGGGAGCCAGCAUGAAGCAGCAUCCUCUGUACCUGAGGAAGGAUUCAUAGACUCAUUACUAAAUCUAGGCAAAAAGUACGUCCUGAAAACAGAAUGGAGGGCUGAGUUUGAAACUCCUGCGAAUAGCCUGCAUGGACCUUAUUUUUAAAAAGGAUACAUUAAAAACACAACCCAACAGCCAGAUCAUUUCCAUUCAUUAUUUGUUUAAGGAAAAUAUUAUACCUUCUGUCAACAGAUAGAACACGUCCAGGGGACAAAGUCACAAGGUAAAGGUGAGGUCGAAGUGCGCCCAGAACCUGUGACAUCUGCUGUACUUUUUAUGGAAAAUGCUUUUGGUCUCAUCUUCCCUCUGUUCCUCAAAGGGUCGCUUCCCUCCCAGCCCAAUUUUAAUUGCUCUUUUGGAAGCAAUUUCACAGUCUACAGACCAGGCCGCAGCUCGGCACAUUUGGGCAUAGGGACAACCACGUGUGUCUUAGUUCUAGCCUGCCGUUUAUCACGGGCCAUGAACACUAAUGUCACUGUAGCUGUUAGGGUCAGAGCCUGGGCCCUGGCGGUCCUAACAAGUAGGGCUGUUCCACCUGCCCUCAAUAAGCCAAUUAAAGACACAAAGUAAUAGCAAGAAAACAGAAAAAGAUGUAUUCAAUGUGGCCACGUUGGGAAAGGAAACAAGGUCCAGUAACACUACCAGUCAUCUUCUAGGUUCUGACAUGAGAUAUAGGCUUAAACAGAAGCCACGAGCUACCACCCAGCAUUCAUACACACACACUCACACACACCAUAGUUUAUGGUACCUCUCUCUCCUGCAAUUGGUCUGACAGGUUUUGAGAACUAUAAGAAAUCUCUGGGAGGGAUGCUCCCCCCUGGGAGGGAUGCUCCUCUCUGUGAGGGAUGCUUCCCACUUAGAGGGUUGCUCUCCUCUGGCUGAUGCCAGAAUUCAGCCUUUUCUUUUUCCUAGCAUGAGCUUCCUGGAUAAAUGUCCAUUUGCUGGGGAUAUGGUGUUGAAAGGGAGGGGCACAAAUGUCUCCUUACAAUAGCUAUUCCUGCCAGGGCUGUUCGUUACAUUAAUGCCAAGGAACACUUCUCUACUCUCCUUCCAAAAGUGCUUCCCUCCCGGGUUCCCAUAUUCCUCACUCAUAAACUGCUUCUUCCUAGCGUUUUUUGUAUGCGGAAGAAGGAAGCUUAAGAAUCUUCAUCCAGGGUCGAUCUAGCUGUAACUCAGAAUUGUUCUUAGCUCCAGUCUAACCCAAGCACUCAGAGCCGCAUGCAGCACACACAAGGCAGAGAUGCUCAGGACCAUCUGCAUCCGUUAGGUGGGUUUCUCUCCCCCUUGACUGGUCAAUGCCUGCUCUUUGUAGACGAGCCAGAUGUCCCUGGCUAGCCCAGCCUGUUGGCCGCUGCUUUGCUUGGGCCAUAAGCUCUUUGCCGCUAGGAUUGCCAGCCUGGCCAAAUGCAGAGUCUGCUCCUCAACCCGUUUUCCUGCUAAUCUUGCCAUUCCAAACAAAGACAGUCCAGGUCCAUGUUGGAAAGGGGUACAGCGAUGCUUCAUGCAAUAGCCCCCAUCCUUGUUAGCAGCUAGGCCUGCCAGAGCGGGGCCGGUGUGAGAUCCACAUGUCAAAGCUCACUGAUGAGUCAAAUAAUUAAUGCAGAGUUUGGAAAGUUUUCUCUGCCCUUCCAGAGGCUCUGGAACAGUCUGGUUUGCAGAUGGAGUCAAUUAAAAGGAAACAAUGUCUACCAUUUGGUGCUGGCUCAAAGAAAGCAUAAAAUAAUUUUUUUUUGGCAAAGCCUUGUUCAGCAUUGAAAGUUGAAGUUCUGGGAAUGGGAAAUCAGUUGAAACGGCUCCCCCCACAGGAGGGCUAUAACUGAAUAAUCUCAACGCUGCCACAAUGAGUGUGAUACUUCUCAAAAAGCUCCUGGGAAGUUAGUAAAUAUAUAUACCGAAGGCCAAUAGCAGAAGAAUGUCUGAUUUCUGCUUGACAGGCUAUUAUGGGAUGGGAUGGGAGUGGAAGGCUUUUCCUAGUUUUUCUAUCUUUUUAUUUUGCUUCUCUUCACCCCAUAACCCACCCCUAUCCCAGCUCAAACUCCCACAAAUAUCUUUUCAUAACAAGAGUCUGAUGGAUUCUAACCAACAGGGGUCCCUCUUCAAACACCCAGAUGCAUGUCCUUAUAGGAUGGCAUUAAUUAGGUGGGGUUGGAAGGUGGCCCUCCCUCUGGUUCUUCAGGUUUCCGGAGCUGAAAUACACACAUUUGGAAGUGGUGGAAGACGACGUUGUGUAUCAGGCCGUAGCCCCUAAUUUCAGAGUGGGAAUGGGCCGCACUCCUCUCUGGUCUUUUGGAAUUAUUGUGAUUAAAGUGAGGUUCAGUUCUGCACAAGAGUUGUGGGGAUCGAAGUGGGCCUGGAGGCCACUGUGACAUGCUGACGGUCGUGUCCUUUGGUAAAGAUGCUCUCUGAGAGCACUUUGGGCUAGUUCAUACACACCUGGAGGCUUCCUUCCACAGAGAUCCACUGACAUUAUUAGGCACCUGAUGCGUAUGAGACAUUGCUAGAUUCCCCUGGACUGAAUGCUAGAUGCUGUCCUGCAUGCAGCUGUUUGUGACUGUCUUUUCUUUCUUUUUUUUAUUUUUUUUGUUUUUCUUCCUUUUUAUUUAUUCUUUGUGUCUUUCACAUCAUGCAUCUCCAUCCCAUUCAUUUCCCGUCACUUCAUAUCCACCUUUUGCCCUUGCAACCUCCCCACCAAAAAUAAAAUAAAGUAAAAUUUAAGAGGAAAAUGAAAAAAAGAGAGAGAGAAGGAAAAGUCAGUCUCAUCAUGGAAGCUGUAGCGUGACACAGUGAGUCACACAAUAAACCCUUUUAUCCAUAUAUCUUUACUUGUAAGUGUUCAUUGCAAAGAGUCAUUGGUCUAGUUCGAGGGCCCUGGUUUCUGCUACACUCUUGAUGCUGGGCCCUCAUUGGAACUCUUCUUGGCUAUCCUGCUGUUGUUGCCCUGUGUUGUGGAGAUCCGGCAGCUUUGGGUCCCCUCACAUGCUCCAGCAGAUCACAGAUGGGGUGGGUGUUGGGUUGGACCAACUCAUAACCCUGGUUCUGGGCCUGGGUAGUUGCAGCUUUGGUCAGCCCACCAGCUCUCCCCCGUCCUCACUACCAGGGUGAGCUCUCCUGCAUUGCCCUGUCAAGUUCACCCCUUGCAGUGAUGAGCAAGGGGUGGGGCCAUUUCUCCAGCUUUCACACCCUCAGGGUCAGUUCUCCCACACCUAUGCCUUCAGGGCCAGCUCUACUGUGUUGCCCCGUGGAGGUACAAGGGUCACUCUCCUGAGUACUACAGCUGUUCGGUGAUUUUUAAGAACCACAGGGGCAUGCCAGGAUACAAGAGAAGAUGGGGAAAUGGGACAACAAGACACUGAGCUUAGGGAAAGGUGGGGGGAUCCCACUUGAAGUGCUCAAAGGUGCUUCGAUGCCCAAGGACUUGUCACCCUACAUUCAGCAGGGCGACAGGGCUAUCAUUUUCGGUUUUGUCGUGCCUUUAAUGAUUUGGGUAGCAGUGUAAUGGUAGCUUUGCAGCAUUUGGAAGUGUUCUAGUUCAUGGACCAGUUUGGGAAGCUCUGGCUUCGGUGAUUUCUAAAGGUCUACUAGAAUUCUGCCGUAAACCCAUUUGGGCCAGGCCUGGACCUUUUUUGGUUGAGUACUUUUUUAUUGCUGUCAAUUUGUUCCUUAUGAUGGAUCUGCUUGGGGUUUGUAUCCCUUCUUGGUUUCACUUUGGUAUGUCAUGUAUAUAUUAUGAAAUUCCUCCAUUUCUUUUAGAUUUUUCAAUUUAGUAGAAUAAAGGUGUCCUUACAACCUUCUGUGUUGCAUUGA